CUGAUGAAGAGUGUCAGGCUCAUACACAUCGGAGGAGGUUGUGCAGGAAGGACACAAUAUUUCUUAUUUUCAUAUUUGUUGAUGUUACCAGAAAUAUACUGAGCAUUGAAGUUAAGGUUAGGAGGACAACAUCUUAUGAAAAGAUAGUGUGUGUUAGGGGACAGCCCACGUCAAGCACCAUCAUCCUUUUAUCUUCUUGGCAAUAUAUUACUCCAUGAUGGAAAACACCAAGAACGACCCGAGAGACUGCACUGUCUGCUUUGUAAGAUUCAACGCUGGCAGACGAUGUCCCCGCAUCUUGGUCUCAUGUGGUCACUCCUUCUGUUCCGUCUGCAUCAACGAGAUUAAGAAGAAAAACAAUCUGAGAUGCCCAUAUUGUAGCAGACAAUUCAAUAUGACAGCCGUUGAAGACCUGCCAGUCAACCAUGCACUUUUACAGCUUCUGGAACAAAAGGCACCACCACCAUCAUCUCUUGGAGCGGCAAAAGUCAACGACUUUUCCAAGGUACAAUCUCCAAAACAACAUGCUGGAGUUUGUGACGAACACGGCCAGUACAAGUUGUUCCACUGUGCCACCUGUGACAUGUACAUUUGUCAUGUGUGUACUGUUGUUGACCACCCACGUACGUCCUGUUCUGUUGUCUCCAUCAAGAAAGCAUUAGAGAAUAUAAAGGCUUCUGAGGACAAGGGCAUUAGUUCAGAAAUCAGCUGCUGUGGGGAAGUAACACAACAUCUAAAUAACUACAGUGAACAGUUGGAUAACAAGAUCAAAGACCAAGAAUGUCAGAUAGAAGAACUACUAAGACAGGUGGAACUACAUAAACUCGAGAAGCAGCAGCUGGGGGCGGAAAAAGUUAAGGUCAGGGCAGCUCUCUUGGAAGGAGAAAGUAAAGACGAAUCGCUCAGUACCAGCCAGAAGUGUGUGGCUGCCAGCAAUAGUCUUCAGGAAGCUGAAGCUGCGGCUUCACAAGCUAAGCUUCACAAACAGUCUGCCCAAGCCUGGAGACUCCAAUGUUCGGAGAGGUUCCCUGAUGUCGUACCCGCCCUGCCCCAGCCGCAGGCUACGUCCCAUCAGCGACAGUACCGCAGAGGCGUGCGACAAGGGUAUAAGCGCUAAAGACAGGUGACCCGCGUUUCAAAUACUCAUUGUCAACCUGAAAUAGAGUUUAUACCUAGAAGAUAAUGCUUUUCAACGUAUGGUUUCUGCAGAGGUACCCAGGAAAAAGUAUCCCUUAUAUCAGAGGAGGAUAGAAGUGGGUGAAUUUCAGCAUCUCUCUGCAAGGAACUUUGCCAAGAUCGAAAGAAAUUUCACGAAUACACCAGAAUGUAUCCUCCUACAUUUGACGACAUCCUUGAAAAUAUUUUACCGCAAGGGGUAUUAAACAUUUAUCUGCCUAAUUUUAUUCAGUAAUUAUGUUCACCUUGAUAUCUUCGAGAACAGGCCUAGGAUUAGAGUAGCUAAGAUAUUAUCAUAAAACUUGUCCCUGACCUAAUACAUAUAUUUGUGAAUGAACUGGUGUAUGAUAUUUUUUAAAUUUACUGUUAAUUUUCAAAUCAUUGGCGACAUUCUCCCAUUGUGUGUCAACGGUAUUUGAAUUGUGGUAUUCUUUUUUUUUUUCUGUGGUCCCAUAAAAAGGGCCACUGAAAGACUUCAGCAAUCAAAUAUUCAAGAAAGUGCAUGACCGUGGGUGGAUGACUGUCUGCUUCUGACGCAAGGUCGGGCGUCUAGUUCUCUCUUCGUGGUCGCUCACGACCGCUUCACACGUCUACGUGGGACACAUUAAAGAAAACACAUAUGUUUGUCCGCUACACCAAGGUUUCGCGUUUACUCGUGUGGUCACUCGAUGCCGCAGAACGCUCGCACGCGGGACGUAGCCUUAUUUAGAGUGCAAUGAAAUUAGAUACAUUUAUUUUUCACUAUACACAUAAUUGUAUCAUUGAGCGUUAUAUCUCCAGUUGUCAAUCAUUAAUUUGCUUACAGGAUGGAUUAACAACCGUGAACCAUACCGAUCCCGUCACAAGAUUGAUCAAGGCGAUGCAGGUCAGGCAGUAGACUCCUGGUGCUUAAGGAAGACUGGGAGUGAGUGUUAUGAUGGUCUUCAGCAUCACAGUUACUUAAAUGACAUUUCUCAAUUAUUCAAAACUAAAUAUUUCUAAUUUCAAAUAAAUGUUUAACAUACUUCAAAACAAUAAUAAGACAACAGUAAACAUUAACUUUAUAUAUUCUUAAAAGUUUCGAGUUUUAAAUAUUUCAUUAGUUUGGUAAUAUUCUUCAAGCAUGCUAUAUUAUUUGUUAAGGAUUUGUCUGUGUGUCUGUGUAAUAACUGGGUUUGUAUUUUUGUGAUGCCGACUCUCCCUAUGGUCCCGUAUGGCACAAAGAUAAAAGUGAGAAAAUUUAGAGUACUGUAGUCAUAUUGUAAGGCCUUUAAUGUUAACAACUGGUGAGUGAAGUCCAUUAUACGCCGCAGAGUUUGUUUAUCUUAUCUUUAAUAUAUGCUAAGAUUAGUGUAAGGGGCUGUUAAGCAAUUCACGGGCGUCUCUGCUUGUCCGGCAAUGACCAGAUACAAUAAUUAAUUCCUCUAGUUUUUUGGCGGAAGAACCUUGGCGUGUGUGGUGAUGGUCCUCCCGGGGUGAGCCUGAGGGAAGGGGCAAUAAUACAGGGGAGCUAAGAAAUGUGGCUUAAGCACUGCAUGGAUCUAAGAAUCAAAUAUUAAGUUUAUUCAUGGUGUCACUUGGCUAUACUCCGUUACGUGCCCUCAUAAUAGCUAAGCAGCGUAAAUUUUUCUCGAGUAUGUGGACUGGAAGAAGUGAAAUGGUAGACGAUCCACUUGCCCAUUCUAUUAAUGUUGUAUUAAGUUUUAGUACGCCCACGUCACGAUAUGGAGGCGAUCUUUUAUUUAAUGAUAUUGAUGAUGUUCAAAUAGCCUUACACACUCUGAAACAGAAACUGUUAAACUCAGACUCAAGUAGAGUACAAUUAUACAUGACUAUCAAUCCAAAUUUUGAUGUUCAUGCAAUCUAUAAUACAAAGAUAAAGGUGAAUGAGCUAGAACGAGUAUCGUGGACACGAGCGAGAGUGAGUGCCCAUUCCCUGGCUGUAGAGGAGGGGCGCGCUGGAACAGACGAGGCAGGGGCCGUCUGCCCAUUGAAGAGAGAUUGUGUUCAUGUGGUGCUAUUCAGUCUGAAUGGCAUGUUGUUGAAGAGUGUCCCCGAACAAUAUAUAUACGCCAUCAAUAUAGUAUUUCAAUUUUUGUAAAUUUGCUAUCUGAAAGAACGGAUUAUGAAACUGUUUGUCUUUCAGUUCAUCGAAUGCUUCAAGUAUACAGUUAGACGACACAGGGACAUACCAUUAACUAUUUUAUAUGUUUUAGUUUAUUUUACUUGUAGUUAUUUUGUUUUACUUUAUUUACUCUUGGGUUUCCUCUGUUUUUUUGUGUUACUGGCUGAAUCAGUGAACUUUUAUUGAUAUUUGGUGUUUUAAAGCAUUUCCAUUUGGACCAUUUUAUGUAAAAUUUUAGUGUAAACUCUGUAUUCAUAAUUUGUGGUCAAUAAAAUAUCUAUUUA